AUGGCUCAUAGCCACAAUAACCACGAGUCGGCACAUGACCACAAGCAUGGUCGCUUCCAAGUCAGCCGAAAGACACGUCUUAGAGCUGUCAUAGCCAUAUCCUUCUGCUUCUUCGCGGCUGAAAUAUCCGUGGGCUUCUACACCAAAUCAUUGGCUCUCGUUGCUGAUGCAUUCCACUAUCUGAAUGACCUCAUCGGCUUCAUCGUGGCCUUAGUGGCCGUUCAGGUGACGGACCGCAAGACCUCGCCUCCGGAUCUCUCCUUCGGUUGGGCGCGGGCUUCGCUUCUCGGAGCCUUCUUCAACGGAUCUUUCUUAUUUGCCUUGGGAAUCAGCAUUGCUCUCCAAUCGAUCGAACGCUUCAUCUCCAUCGAGCGAGUCCAAAAUCCCAAGUUAGUUUUGAUUAUAGGAUGCGUUGGACUAUUUCUCAAUAUCAUCAGCGCGUUAUUCCUACAUGAGCAUGAUCACGACCAUGGCUCUGCGGGUAAUGGCGAUGAAGAGAGCAUGUCAACUACACCCACACAUGAGAACCACCUGCAUUUGAUCGCAAAGCCAAGAAGGCAUGGCAUGGAUUUGGGUAUCCUUGGUGUUCUCAUCCAUGUUAUUGGCGACGCGAUCAACAACAUUGGUGUCAUCAUCUCAGCAGUGAUCAUUUGGUUUGUCAAAUCACCCAACCGUUUCUACGUCGAUCCAGCAGUCAGCAUGUGGAUCGCCAUCAUGAUUCUGCUCACCGCCAUUCCCCUCACAAAACGCAGCGGCAAGAUCUUGCUCCAAUCUGCUCCUUUGGGCGUCAAGAUUGAGGACGUCAAGCACGACCUGGAGGCCAUACCUGGUGUGCUGAGUGUGCACGAACUCCACGUCUGGCGCCUGGACCAGAAGAAGGCCGUGGCGUCUGCACAUAUCGUGGUCACUGACCCAGAUAUCGCGAGUUUCAUGAAGAAAGCCAAGGUCUUUUCUGAAUGUCUACAUGCAUAUGGCAUUCACUCAGCAACGCUCCAACCUGAGCUUGCUGUUCCUCCUGAAGAGCUCAACGGUGUCAAGAGUACGGGUAGGGAGGCAGCUUCAGGUGCCACCAGCGGUACAAACACAGCACGGACAAGUACUGAAAAGUGUGGCGUGCCCUGUGGUGUACUUUGCGAAGAGUUAAAAUGCUGUAACUAA